UAAUCAAAACGCAACGAUAUCCACUGUAAACAAGCAAUCGCCCGAAAAGGUCAUUGUGAUGUCAUCGCGCAUGUACUGUUACCGUCACUUGUUUACGUCAAAAUUUGAAUUUCGAUCAAAGCAGAAUGAAUCAAAGGAUGCAAAAUGAUCUAUUCCCAUUCAGCCAUUGGACUGAACUGGUACCAAGACCGGAACUGUAACACAGUAAGGAUGGUCAAUAUGAAGCGAGCUUCAUUGAAUUCCUCCAAGAGCUCUGUACUCUGUUCUGAUCAUUUUGAAGAUGCUUGCUUUGACCUGGGCAGACGAUACGUCUUAAACAGGAUGCUGUCCCAACCAUAUUUGAUUUCCCGCCUCGUCUUCAGAAGAAUUCACCCAAACCAAGGUAUUUCCCAAAAGACUUUUCGAUUCAGCAAACAACCUCCCAGAUACUGCAAAGACACCAGUGCCAAAGUCUUCAGCACCUUAAUUUCUCGAAGACCACUCCUACUGAAUACCAGAAAGUCCAAGAGGGUAAAGUGGAAGUCAACAACAAUAAUGGACUGUAUUAAAACUUGGAGAAGAGGCUGAAAACCACACAGAAGUCCUACCUUAUACAUUACUUGCUUUUAAGUUUGGACAAACUGAUUUGCACAACUUUACAACAAAAAAAUUACGCUGUGUGGAUUCUGAUUAUUUAAAAUAGCUCAAUGAAAACGUUUAUCACUGGGCAUGUAACAAAAAUGAAUUCAUUGAAUUUGAAGAUGUCUUACAGUAUAUUCAUUCUGAUUUGAAUGUCAGAAGAGAAAAAAGUUUGUGAAAAGUAGGAAUGACGGCAAGCUGACAGAAGAAUAGAAUACAUGUAGGAUAGAACAAGGCCACAGUUAUAAAUGAGCUGUUGGAUAGAGACAAAAAGAUGAAUUAAGAAUGGGGGUGAUAGAGAAAUAGAGACAGGAAUUGGGGAGCCUGUGAUGAAUGCCUGAGAAAGUAAAAAUUACCAUAUUUUAUUUUUUUAAGGAUUUGAACAGUCAGGAAGAAUGUGGUCUUUUUUCUGUUGUUAUUUCUCAAAAUACUGGUAUGUUUUGUGUACAGAAAGGGGUAUAAUCCUUUGCAAUAAUCACUCUCACAGAAAAUAUUAACUAAUCAAAAGAAAAGUCAAAUAUUUCACUGAUUUACAAUUGUUCGGUCACUCUCAUAUCUAAAGUUACCCCCCCCCCCAUCAUUUCAAGGUAUUGGAGAGAGAGGUUGGGCAGGACAUGGCUGUCAGCAGAAAAAAAAUGCAGGGUGGGGCAAAACAAUUUUGGGAUAUGUGC